UUGAGGAGCUCCUUCGACUUGGUUUCAUUAAACCUAGUAACUCCCCUUGGGGUGCACCUGUCCUCUUUGCUCGCAAAGCGGACGGAACUCUCCGCCUCUACAUCGAUUAUCGCGGCCUUAACCGUUAUACGGUUAAGAACAGUUAUCCCAUGCCCCGCGCGGAUGAGCUGUUUGACCGUAUGGCAGGCGACCGCUUCUUCACGAAGAUCGAUCUUCGUAGCGGUUACCACCAGAUCYGCUUUGCCGCAGAGGACCAGCCGAAAACCGCUUUUCGGUCGCGCUUCGGCCACUACGAGUUCACGGUGAUGCCAUUCGGCCUCACCAAUGCACCCGCUACCUUCCAGACGGCGAUGAACGACAUCUUCAGGGACAUUCUUGAAGAAUACAUUCUCGUAUACCUGGACGACAUCCUGGUCUACAGUCGUACCUUAGAAGACCAUAUCAGACACCUCCGCGAUGUCCUACAUCGCUUACGCAAGCAUGGCUUUUAUGCCAAGCUCAGUAAGUGCCGCUUUGCCGAGCGCAAAGUGGACUUCCUAGGACACCAUGUGUCUGACCAGGGUCUCCACAUGGACGACGCGAAGAUCACUGCUAUUGCAAAGUGGCCCGUCCCCACAUCUGCCAAGCAGCUUCGCAGCUUUCUAGGUCUCACCAGCUACUAUAGUAAUUUUAUCCAGGGAUACGCUAGGUAUUCCUACGUCCUUACCUCCACCCUCCUCCGGAAGAACCCGCCGUGGUUUUGGACACCCCUCUGCGAGGACGCCUUCCGCGCCCUCAAGAAGGCGGUGACUUGCGCGUCGGUUCUUCGCCUUCCCGAUUUUGAUCGUCCCUUUAUCGUCACCACCGAUGCGUCAGAUUUUGCAGUAGGAGCUGUCCUUACUCGGAUGUUUCCCUCUCCUCUAGAUUCACCUUACCCCCACGUUCCUCCUUUCCCCCCCCCUCCUGUUGACACUGCUUCUCGACUGACGCCUAUCCUACCACCACUUCCCUCCACUGACAGUCCUCCCAUUACUUACUCUCCGACCAUCGCGGAGGAUGGGACGGUCGAGGCUCGUGCUGGGGAUUGCCCGAUUGCUUUUUACUCCCAUCAGCUACUACCUGCCGAGAUAAACUACAUUGCCGAUGAACGUGAGGUUCUCGCAGUAGUUUAUGCUACCCGGCAUUGGCGUCAUUAUCUGCACGGGGCGCCCUUCACGUUGCGCCCAGACACUCGUUGCCCUGCGCUUGACGACUGGAUGGCCCACAUGGCGGCGAUUAUGAAGCGCGCACACGAGAGUUUAGCUGACUCCCAGACUCGCAUGGCCGCACGAGCAAACCGAUUACGAAUGGAUCAUCCAUUCAAAGUCGAUGACGAUGUGCUCGUCGACGCACGCCACUUACAGCUCGAAGCAGAUAUGCUUCGCAAGUUCAGGCGUCGUUUCUUCGGUCCAUGCCGCAUCCUUCAGGUCGUCGGCUCUAAUACUGCCGCUAGUCCGGUUAGCUUCCGUGUGAAGCUACCUGAUUACCUUCGACAGGCUCGCGUACACGAUGUUUACCACGUCUCCUUGCUGCGUCCUUAUCGCAGACCGUCCGAGCGCUUCGCCGGACGCCCUUAUGAGCGCCCUCCACCUAUCACGGUGGACAGUCACGAGGAGUUCGUUGUUUCCGACAUCGUAUCACGCCGAGUUACCGACGAUACCCCUCCACGCAUCGAGUACCUUGUGCGUUGGAAGGGCUACCCUGAUGAGGAGGCUACUUGGGAGCCCCUCGAGCACUUGCAGCACGCCAGGAUGUUGGUGCGUGCAUAUGAUCGUGCUCGUCGUGCUGGGACAUCUGCUUCUACUCAGCCGACUGACCCUCUUCCUCCUCCUCCGGCUAAGGAGAUCGCUGAGGAUGAGCCCGCUCCCUCUGAGGCCGUUCCUCAGCCGCAGAUGGUCGCCUCCGAGCGCCCACAGCGCACUCAUCGUCGCCCUUCACGUUACGAUGACUGACACUCUUAUCCUCCAUCUUUCCCCACUAACUCACACCAUCAGGUACUCCAUCAUCAGCUCUUCUUCAGGAUGUUAGCGUUUUGCGG